AUGGACGGUGCUCAGACUAAUCGCAGGAUAGUCACGAAGCCUCAAGUGAAAACAGGGUUGUUUGGGAUCAAGGGGCUUGAGAGGCCGGAUGACUUUCCUAAGAAGGCAAAAGAGGCAGCAACGAAGAUUGUCAGUCUGCGAGACCAAGUGAUCGAAAGUUCUUCUCAGAUUCCAGCAAAGCAGAUCCUGACCCUGAUGGAUGAGAUCUCUGACUCGCUCUGUCUGGUGAUCGAUGCAGCCGAGCUCUGUCGCAGCGUUCAUGAACACUCCGCGUGGAAGGAGGGAGCGGUCGAGGCGUACGAGAUCCUUGGAGACCUCAUCUCGGAGCUGAACUCUGACGAGAAGUUGUACCGAGCUCUAGAUUCUUGCGUUUCCAACAUGGGAGCAGACGGACGAGCGUUUGACGAGGAAGACGUGCGAAUGGCGUGGUCGUUGCGAGAAGAGUUCGAGCGAGGAGGGGUGCACUUGGACAGAGCUGGCAGGCAGGAGAUGAUCGAGUUACAAGGAAGAGCCUCUGCUUUGCUCUACCAGUUUACGUGCAAUCAAUUCGACGAGGCUGAUCCUCAAGUCUCUUUCCCAGCGCCUCUCUCUGACGCCUUGCCCGUCUGGAUGAAAGGAAGUCAGACCAGCGAUGGGCGCACUGUGAUCAGUCUGAAUCAAGAUACCCUCCAGGGUAUCCUGCAAGUCGUCCCAGACGAAGACUUGAGGAGGGAGGCGUAUAUCAGCUACCAUCGGCAGGAACUCAGAGUUCGAGCUCUGGAGGAAUUGUUGCUUGUCCGUCACGCCAUCGCAAGGAAGAUGAAGUUUAGCUCUUUCGCCGACUAUGCCAUCUCCGGCAAGAUGGCUGCGUCACCCAAGGUAGUUGAAGACUUUCUGAAUCAUCUCAGCGAGCAACUGAAGCAUAGAGCUCAACAAGAAAUUGAGACCUUGAAGAAGCAGAAGCAGCAUUACCUGGGCCUGCAGAGCGACAGCAGCCCUGAAAUCUUUCCCUGGGAUUUUCCGUUUUACUCCCGGCAUUGUCGAAACCCAGAGCAUGAGCUCGCUUGCAAGUUGAUCAGAAAUUUCCUACCGCUUGGUCGUGUCCUGCAAGGCAUCGGGAAGCUUUUGGAAAACACCUUUGGAAUCUGCAUGCGAGAAGCAGAGUUAAGCGAGGGCGAGGGCUGGUCACGUGAAGUGAAGAAGUUGGAGCUGACGCUGUCGGGCACUCUCAGUGACGAGCAGGUGCUCAAAUUUCCGACGGAUGAUCGCGGUCUGCUUGGCAUCCUCUACCUCGACCUGAUCAAGAGGCCCGCAAAGCUUGGAGGUGCCGCUCAUUUCACCAUUCAGUGCGGAAGGCUGAUGGAGGAUGGGCAUUACCGGCCCCCUGUGCUCGCUUUAGUCGGCAACUUCAGUCCCCCGGCGCAUUCGCAAGAGCCUUUGCUUAGCUUCGGAGAGCUGGAGAUGCUGCUGCACGAAUUUGGGCAUGCGCUUCAUUCAAUCGUAGGAAGAACGAGAUAUCAGCAUCUCAACGGUACAAGAAUAUCGAUGGAUGUGGUUGAAAUUCCUUCUAGUCUGAUGGAGUACUUUGCCAGGGACCCGGACUUUAUUCAAUCUUUCGCAAAACAUAACAUCACUGGUGAAAGUAUUCCCAAACAUAUUUUAGACUGCGUUCUUCAGGAAAACAGCCGAUUUUCUGUUUUAGAGACUGUUCAGCAGAUCAUCUAUGCCCUGGUUGACCUUCAUCUUCACACCCACAACAAUGAGGUUGGUAAUACACGGAUGGACACAAGCGGCUGGUCUCGCAAGGUGGCGUACGAGGCGACAGGAGAGAAACGGUACAUCCGUUACAUCGAGGACUGCGACUGGCACGCCAGUCUAUCUCAUCUAGGCAUGUACGGGUCAAACUACUACAGUUACUUAUGGUGUAAGGUGAUCGCUUCCUUCAUCUGGAAGCACGUCUUCGAGCGCAACAAGUCUCAGCCGCUGGCUGGGCUCCCUCUUAUCCUCAAAUUUCUCAGCCACGGCGGUUCCAAGGACCCCAAUGAGAUGAUAGGAGAACUCUUGGAGGACGUGCUGCACCGCAAGGUAGACGCCCCACUAGCAGAGGUUGAGAUCAUCUUGAUCUUUUCUGCAGAAAACGUCAUGCCAGCCCAUUCUACAAGAUGA